GAGCUCGCUCGGGUCUCCCGCGGCUCCGGCGGAUUAGACACCUCUAGCCUUUCCGCCCCGCCUCCCUGUGCGCACCCCUCCCUGCUGGCGGGCUGACCCGAGACCGCGGAGCAUAGAGCGCGAGGGGCUAGAGAGGAAGCGCUGAGGGCGGGCAACCAUAGAGUACGAGUGCGGACACGACCGGAUGACCGGUCUCUUUCCUCGUCGGUCCACUCACCAUCCUCUGUCGGCAAAGCUGGAACGGAAGCGGAAGUGGAGAGGAAAGCACUAAGGAAGGUUCGUUCGCCUGCGCAGUUUGCAGUGUUUACUUCCGGUGGCUGCGUCUGCUGAGAGAUAUAAGCACGUGGGUUUCAGCGCUUCGAGUUCACGGAAGAACGGCCCCUCGGUGAUUUUUGGGAGAGACAAGGAUGUGGGGCCCAGCAACGGUGCUUCCUCCUGUUCUGGCGCCCUCAGUUUUGGUAGGUGUUGGUCGCUUUUGCUUUUGGAGGUCAGGAGCAGCGAUGCGGAAAGACUUGGGGACCGUUCCCCACCGUUUCAGAAGUGACUCCUGCCCAAAGCUGUGGCCGUGUGAGGAUCGCAGGGAAUCACCCCCGACGUCCGCGUCCCACCUAUUUUCCAAGGGUUACAUUGUCAACCCGACCUUGGCUGCAACCUUGGUAGAAAGGCUGCAGUUGACGGAAAAUGGACAUCGCCACUUAAUCAUAGAGUGCGAUCCAGGCCACGGAAUCCUGACUAAGGCCUUACUAAACACCGGUGCCUCCGUGAUUGCGCUUCAAAGUGACAAAAAGUUUAUUCCACAUUUGAAGUCCUUACAGGAAAAGCUGAAUGGAAAACUACAAGUGGUCUAUUGUGACUUUUUUAAAAUGGAUCCGGACAAUCAUAAUACAGUGCACCCACCUGUUGUGCUUUCACAAGAGCUUUUUCCAAGUUUGGGAAUAGAAGCAAAUUCUUGGUCAGAAGAUAUUCCUUUUAAAGUAAUUGGAACAUUCCCUCCGAAUAAUGAAAGAAAGGCACUUUGGAAACUUUUACAUGAUCUGUAUGUUUGUUCUUCUAUAUAUAAGUAUGGCCGAGUAGAGCUAUGUAUGUUUAUUAGUGAAAAGCAGUACGAGAAACUAGCUGCAGAUCCCACAAAUCCAGACUUGUAUCAUGUAUUAAGUGUGCUUUGGCAAGUAUCUUGCAAGAUUAAGCUUCUCUACAAGGCAUGUGUUCCAACAUGUGACUUGUACAAGAAAGGAGUACCAUCUUUUAAGCAUUCAUCAAAAUAUCAAAACCUGUGUUUCGUUCAGAUCAUUCCACGUAAAAAUUUAUUCACCAAAUACUUAACUCCUAUUAACUACGAUAUAUUUUUUCACAUGGUAAAGCAAUGUUUUGGGAGACGCAGUGCCUUUCUGACACAUCAUUUACAUUCAUUGACUCCGUAUGAUCCAGUGGCUAUAUUGAAUGAAGCAGGAAUUAAUACUAACUUUAAAUCAUGUGAAGUCUACCCUCAGGACUAUAAACACCUUUUUGAGACUAUAGAAUGUUCCAGUGACAAUGACAAUAAAUGGCUAUAUGACAGAGUCCUAGAAAAUAUAGAGUGUUAAGCAGCAGACUGUCAAGACAUUAGCUGAACAGUUUAUUUGGAAAACGUGACACAUGAAAAAACUGCAUUGAAAAGUGGACAUCUUUUCAAUAGAAGAUAACUUCUUAUUGACACAUUGGCUAAAACUGCUAUUUUAUUCACAACUGAAUAAAAGGAAAACUGUUUAUUGUGGAUUAAUCAGAUUUAAUUGGUUUUGUUUUAAAUUCCUAUCUACCAUAGUGCUGGGGGUAUAGUUUGGUUGUAAAAUGUGUGCUUAGUAUGUAUUCACAAGGCUGUGAAAUCACAGGGCACUAAAACUUUUAAAAAAUGCUAUAUCUACUGUAAACAUAACAGGAAUAAACCAAUUGAAAUUUGGUUUACUUUUAAAUAUUCUUUUGGCCAAAUGUCUUACAUUGUAUUUAAUUUAAAUGUUCCCCUAUUACCCUUACUCAAAUUUGCAUUCCUCCUGGGGGGUGGGGGUGGGACAGAAGAGUUUAUAUUGUGUUAAAUUUAAAAAGAAAAUUAGGGUCA